AUCUAUCCAAGAAGGCAAAAGAAAGAAAGGAAAUUCUUCUGAAGAAGAUAAAGGAUAUUAAGGCAAGUUAUCCUCAAGAAUUCCCGGAGAAAGGAAAUGGCAGCAAGUACUUUCCAAAGAAGUCUCUUUGGACUUGAAAAAGGGGAGCUGGAAGAUGAAGAAGAGUCUGAGAACUCUCUUUCUUCGCCUCCUGAUAGCGUCUCAAUAGCAUCUGACCGAUAUGAUAAAGAGGAUGAAGCACCUUCUGAUGGGAAUCAGUUUCCUCCUGUUGCAGCUCAGGAUCUUCAGUUUGUUCUGAAGUCUGGAUACCUGGAAAAACGUAGAAAAGACCACAGUUUUCUUGGCUUUGAAUGGCAGAAGCGAUGGUGUGCUAUCAGCAAGACAGUCUUCUAUUACUAUGGAAGCGACAAAGACAAACAACAGAAAGGUGAAUUUGCCUUAGAGGGCUACACCAUCAGAAUGAAUAAUACCCUUCGGAAGGAUGCAAAGAAAGAUUGUUGUUUUGAAAUCUCUGCUCCAGAUAAGCGCAUUUAUCAGUUUACAGCUGCCACUCCCAAAGAAGCAGAGGAAUGGGUACAGCAAGUCAAAUUUGUAAUUCAAGAUACAGGAUCUAAUACUAUUCCUGAGGAGGAGGAAGAGGAAUAUGACGAUGUUGGACAAGUGAGCAGUGAACUGACAGAUGAUAGCAUUUAUGAAGAAGUUAAAGAAGAACGUCUUUCUUCAAAAGCUGAAGUGCCAAGCAAUGAGAGCCAGGAGGAAGUUUCCACUGUUUCAGAUAGCAAAAAUACCGAUUAUGCCAAUUUCUAUCAAGGUUUGUGGGACUGCACAGGAGAUGAAACUGAUGAGUUGACAUUUAAACGUGGUGACGUUAUCUACAUUAUCAGCAAGGAGUACAAUAGAUUUGGCUGGUGGGUAGGAGAAAUGAAGGGAACCAUUGGCUUGGUGCCUAAAGCCUACAUAAUGGAGAUGUAUGAUAUUUGAGAGGCCUGGGAGAAAUCUGCACUUGAAAUGAAGAGUGGUGUGCAGCUGCAGUUUACAGAGCCAGCCUCUGGAAGAAGAUUCUGCUGUACAUGUUUUGCGGUUUCAGCGAAUGUAGUCAGAUCGUUGCCUUGUGUAUAUUAAACAUUAUAAACUGUAAUUGAUCAUAACUUCACGGAAAUGUUCUUCUUAGCCACUUUUUAUAGAAUUGUAAUGCUAGGAAAUUAAAUAGAUGGUAAUUAACAUAUGGGGCACAAGCAGCCAUACAGUGCCUGUUGCUCUUUUUUUAACAUAUUAGCAGCACUCUGUAUAGCCAUAGGUUUGUGUUCUCUCAGGGAAUUUUGCUAUCUUUUCCUGUUCUGCAGAUCCAGAAAAAUUAAGCAGAGCAUCGAGGGUAAACUAUUACUCACUUCACGCGUGCAUUAACCUUUUGAUGCUCACUGUACAUUUAUGCAGUUUCAUCAGAAAGCUGAGGGAAAUUUAUGUGUAAUAUUUCAAGUCUUCAGCGUAUUCUGUUUCCAAAUAUUUUUAAGUUAUGCUUUAGCUAAUGAUUUAUUUUUAUCGUAUAUUUAGUAUUGUAUUGUUAAUUACUAUUUUGUUGACACACAAUGAAGAUUUUAUUAUUUUGCUGGUAUAAUAAAUGAGCCUGUGUGGUAAUACUGCCCUGGUACCAUUCUGACUUGGACAUGGUAAUUCUAUGAAAAUUUGUGAAAAUAUAUUAAGCAGAAUUUUUUUUAGUCAACACAAGCUGAAUUGCAGGUAAAAAUAUUUUUGUCCAUGGUAGUGUGAAAUAUUUUAUCUGUACUUAUAGAUACUUUUGCAGAGUUAAAUCUGGAUACCUUGCUGGUAUGUGGAAUUCUGAUGCAAGUUGUGCAAUAGAGAUCUUCAUCUUCACCCACUGUGAAUUAGCAACAGCUACCUGCGCUCUCAUGUCAAAGCCGUAACUUUGUGGUUAAUCAAAAACAUUGAUUGAAACAUAAAAAAAUGCACUAAAAUAUUACCACUUGUGGACAAGUGGUUGGGCAAGUCAGAGUUAAUACUUUACAAACUCUGCUUUUGGAGAUGUGUUUUACCAUUAGCAUGCAAGAUCAACUCUUUGGGGUCCUCGCCGAUGGCUGAUUUGUGAGACCCUUAAUGUGCCAAGGAGGCAGGUCAGGCCAGCCCGUGAGUGAGUUGCUGAGCCUGUGCAGGUCCCCGUGUAGCUGCUUGUGCUGUUUAUGCUCCAGGCGGACCCCGGGAGCACAGUGGGUUAAAGGGAAACGUUGGUCUGAACUGUGAAUUUGGAUCCUUUCAGGGAACUAAGAUGUUGUGCACUGCGUUAGCUAAUGUAUGAUACUUGCUGGUACACUGAAUUCUAAUAGGCGCCAAACGGGACGGAGUUUUGUUGUAAUUUUUUAAAGAGAUAGUCAUUGGAAUUGAUUCUGUGCGUUAUCAGCGAAGCAUUAAAAUGAUAGAUUAUAGUCUUCAGAUCUUUUACUACUUUAAUUUGUCAAGCGUACUGGUGGAUUGUGUACAGAAUGUGAAGCGUUAAUAGCGGGGCUGGAAACGCUCCUUCUCCCUUGUUAACAUGGCAGCGCCAUAAAUCUGCCCACCGAAAUGGCUUUUUAUUAAUGACAGAAUUCCGAAUCCCACCACCACCACCACCACCACCACCAUGCACUUUUUAGGGAACAAACCCU